GAUUGAGGGAUGCCUAUUCCGGGAAAUGCUGCGAUCACAGUAGUCUAAGAGCUUGUGCAGAGUGUUCAAUGUCUUCCACGAUUUGGACAAUGGAGUGUAGUAUGUUUGUCGAAGACGGAGAGACAUUCUCUGGCACUCCGUACCGUUAGAUAAGACCAUGGCUAUGGCGCGUGUGCUGUGGGGCGCCAUGGAUUUUCGAAGAUCAGACGGCGCGACGUUUCUGGCGGCUCUCAAAGCUUGCAGCAAGCUAGCAGCGAUCGAGAAAACCGAUUUUCUUGAUCGCGUGAGCUCCAAAUCAAGAGCUUGGUGCGAGCAAGCCGGAUGGCACACAGACGUGCUCGUCGCCAGCGCUUUGGUCGACGUCGACGCGUAUGGGAAAUCCUGCCGCUCGGAUGAUCUUCGAGGAAUGGAAACCUCGACGUUGUCUCGUGGACUUCCAUGAUCUCGGGAUUAGAACUGUUCCAAGAAUUCAUGGCGAGCAGCACCAAUCGAUCCAGUGCCAGGAGUUUUGUGGGCGCUCAAGUCGUGUUCUGGGCUGGCCGCGAGGGAAGAACGGCGAAAUUUUCUGGAAAGUUGGCGGCGAUGAAGAUGGUGCGAGCUAUAUUUCUCCACAGCGAGGCAGCAAAGAGAGGUUUUGAUCUGGACGUGUUCGUCGCGAGCACGCUGGUGGAUCUCUACGCAAAGUGUGGAAGCGUGGAUCUAGCUCGAGCGGUGCUUGACAAGUUUGAUCAUCGCCAAUCCAGUUGCCAGGCAGCGAUGGCGCUGGAUGUCUUCUCGCAGAUGACGAUGCUGGAUAGAUCGAAAAGAGAGAUUUUUGGGACGAUCGUCGCGGCCGCCAAUGCGUGCACGAGCAUGGCUGCCAGCGAGCAAUCAUCCCGAAUCCCCGAAUCCAUCGAUAGCGAUGGAGGUGUUUGUGUGAUCAAAGUGGAGACGAUCCACGCGACAGCUCGCGGUCUGAGCGUGAAGCUGGAUCGAUUCGUGGCCUCAAUAUGUACUCCAAGUGUGGAGCACGAUCGAGGCGCAUAGGAUCUUCGCCGGGACGAAGACCC